UAAUUUAUAUUACAUUCCACCCAUUUGUUUACAACAUACAAGUACGUCACCUACAAAAAUCAAUAAGGUACGAUUAGUCCAAGAUUAAACAAGUUCUAGCCGUGGAUACCCACUGCAUAAUCAUUAUUCUACAUUUUACGUAGAAUAUCAACAGAUGCCGUUUACAUAUCUAAAAGGCGAGGGCGGAGACAAAUUAAAGGUCAGAGAUAUAGACGGUGCAUAUACCUUUCCAUGGAACAAUCUAAAGAACCAUGAUGAAGAGUAUCGCUCGAUACCAAAUUGGAAAGCUAGGGAUGAUGACGUUAUGAUUUGUGUAUAUCCAAAAUCGGGCACUCACUGGGCGUAUGAAAUCCUUAGUAUGCUGCUAUCUCAAAAGGCAGAACGUGUAGAGACAUAUAAACAAGGUGGCAUGCUUGACUGUAUAAGUCAGGAACAAUUUGAUAGUAUGCCAUCCCCACGAGUUCUCAACACACAUUCCUUAUUUUCUCAACUUCCGGUUGACUUUAGAAACAGGAAGUGUAAAAUUGUUCAUAUCGUUCGGAACCCUAAGGAUGUUGCUGUAUCAUUUUUUCAUCAUCACACUGGACUAAAAACCUACGAAUUUGAUGGGAAUUGGGAAACUUACCUUCCACGUUUUAUGAAAGGAGAUGUUGACGGCAACUCCUGGUUUGACUACACAAAUGAUUGGGAGAAGACAAUAAUAGAUAAUCCAGAUUAUCCAAUUCAUAUCAUGUACUUCGAGGACAUGGUUGAGAAUAUCCAUGCUGAAAUAUUCAAACUUGCCAAUUUUCUUGAAGUAUGUACUCAUAGUACAUUAGAUUUUAUCAACAGAGUUGCAUCCCUUUGUACGAUAGAUAAAAUGAGAAAUGAGAAAGCAAAUACUGCCGCGUUAAAUUGGAAGGAAGGUAGCGCUGGGGUAUAUCGCAAAGGAAUUGUUGGAGAUUGGAAACAAAUGUUUAGCGUAACCCAGAACGAAACGUUUGACGAACUAUAUCAUACGCGGAUGAAUAAAUCCAAAUUUAAUAUACGCUUUAGUAUACCAGAGAAAUUACCAGCCAAAAGCCAAUCAGUUUUUCACUAGAUACAAUAGUUACAAUGCAGCCGACUUACUGUUUGUUUGUGAGGGACAUCAUAUCUCAAGCAUAGUUUAAUGUUUUAUGAGGGAUUACAAUCUAGAGUAAAGCUUUAAAUAUAUAGCAAUUUUGGUCAUCAUAAUUACGUUUUCAAUUUACUUUCGUGUUGAAUAUACUGCGGAUUCAUUUAUUUUCGUGUGUAACAAUUUUCGUUGAUUGAGGAAAAACUUGCAUAUUCGUUGACAUUUGACUUCGUGGUAUUUUAAUAGUCUGCAUUCAAGCAAACAGCAAAUUUGUUUUUCGUUAAAUAUUUAAAUUCGUGGUUUUCCUGUACCAUGAAAUCCAUAAAAGUUGGUAUUCAACGAAUAAUCCACAGUAAUUUUUAAUGUUACGGGUCAACAUUGUAUAAUGCAUUUGUGUGUUUGCUUAAGGAUUUACUGGGAGAUGUCAUGUGAUUCUACAUCCAUUUAAAUCACGUGGUCCAAUAUGCUACAUUAGUAUGAAUAAAAGGAAUUGCAUCUGA